AUUCAUCUUCUUUUUCUAUUUUUUCUCAUAGGUGGGAUAGCCAAGGAAGUGUAUAUGACAGAUCAAGAGGCAACAGGAGGAACUGGAUAUUGGUUUGGGAAGAUGGUUUCUGCAAUUUCGCUGCUUCAACAGCUGAGAUUAAUCCUAGUGAAUGCCCGGCCAGCUCGUCGGUUUACGAUUAUCAACACUAUCAGGGACUGCAGCCUGAGCUCUUCUUCAAGAUGUCCCAUGAAAUCUACAACUAUGGUGAAGGUUUAAUUGGAAAAGUUGCAGCAGAUCAUAGCCAUAAAUGGAUAUACAAAGAACCAAAUGAUCAAGAAAUUAACUUCUUAUCUGCAUGGCAUAACUCAGUUGAUUCUUAUCCCAGGACUUGGGAAGCUCAGUUCCAGUCCGGUAUAAAGACUAUUGCCUUGAUUGCUGUUAGAGAGGGUGUUAUUCAGCUAGGAGCUGUUCAUAAGGUUAUUGAAGACCUGAGCUAUGUUGUGUCACUAAGAAGGAAGCUCAGUUACAUUGAAAGCAUUCCAGGGGUUCUUUUGCCACAUCCAUCCUCUGCAGCAUACUCCAAUGCACCAGAAGCAUUUCAUUAUCAAAACAACAUGGUACCCCCCACUGAAUUCUACAAUCAUUUUAAUCAGCCAAUGAAAAUCACUCCUUCAAUGAGCAGCCUAGAAGCACUUCUCUCCAAGCUACCUUCUGUUAUCCCGGUAUCAUCUCCCCCGGUUUCUGGUUAUUACGAACCUCAACCUCAACACUUAGCCUUGACUAGGCCUAUCGAGCUAAUGGGAGUCGAUAAAGUGGCUAAGGAAGAG